AUGUAAAUUUAUUAAAGAAUUAUUAGAAAUUUUUGUAGGAAAAUGGAAUAGGAAUAAAUUCAGAUACAGAAAUAUCUUGAAGAUUCAUACUUAACCUAAUAUCCAAGCACAAUCCUUGAUGUUUAGAAUGUACUCAUCAACGAUGCCAAAAAAUAAAAUGUUAAUGUCAUAUAAUUGCUUCUGAAGGAGAAUAUUUUUCAUCCUCAAGGAGGAGGGUAACCAGAUGAUGAAGGCUAGAUUAAGAUAAAUGAUAAGUAUAGAAUAUGUUAUAUAUUAAGUUUAUUCAAUGUAAUGUCCCUCUAAAAUGACAAGCCAAAAUAACAAGUCUUAUUGAAUUUACAACAUUAACAAUAAUUAUUUGAUCUUCUUAUUGAAGCAAAAUAAUCAAAUCAAUCUGUUAUUUAGAUAGUGAAUGAAUAGCAAAGAAGAAAUUUUGCAAGACUUCAUUCAGCUGGUCACUUUAUAGAUAUGGUAGUUAAGAAACUUGGUUUAAAGUGGGCUGGAGCCAAGGGUUACCAUUUUCCUGAUGGAUCAUAUGUGGAAUACACAGGAACUUUAGAAGGAAAACCUGAAGAUACAUAAUUAUCUUUAUAAUAAACUUGUGAUUAAUUAUUGAAUGAGACUGAAGAGAACGAUAGUAAACAAGUGGAAUACUUGAAUGAAGAACAAUUGAGUCAGAGGUUGGGAGGAGAAGUGCCACAUUAUUUCAAAGGGGCUUAGAAUGUAAGGUAUAUUAAGUUGUGUAAAUAUGAUGAUGGAUGUCCAUGUGGAGGAACUCAUGUGAAUCAUGUAAAGGAGUUGAUUAAAGUGAAUAUUGUGAAGAUAUAGAAGAAAGGAAAGUUUGUAAGAGUUUCUUACAAGGUGUAAUGAUUUAUAACAUGAGAG